UUUCCUUCACAGAUGCUGCCAGACCUGCUGAGCUUUUCCAGCAACUUUGUUUUUGUUCCUGGUUUACAGCAUCAGCAGUUCUUUAGUUUUUUUUAAUCCAGCUUCGUCUGCUUGUUAAGGCACUCCUUUAGGCACUUGCCUGUCUCAUCAGACCUUUGCCUAUCUUCCUAAUAUCUGCCUUUUUGUCUCAGCAACCUUCUUUACAAUUUCGCAUCUGUGAAGUGUCUUGGGAUGUUUUCCAACGCUAGAAGAUGUAUAUAUAGUCACUUGUUUGGUCUUUACUGUUUAAGGAAUAGUGAACAAACUAUUGCUGUUACCAAUUGCAUAUUUACAAACAAGCUGGAUCUAUGUAAUAUUGGUGAGAUGACGGUCUUCAAGCUUUUCUAGGCUCCAAAGCAAAGUUUAGAAGAUUUUGCCCGAUUAUUUCCAGAUGGGCAUCCUGUAGUUGUCUUAAGAAUUGCUGGCAACUAUGGCAGAUGCCACUAGAUAGAGCAUUUGGGAUUCAUGCUUGGUCUUGUGGCACACCCAUGACUUUGUAGGUUUAAAAAGUCCUAUUAUCAAACUUCAUACAUAAAGCAAUAUUGCCUAUUUAAAAUAAAAGGUUCAAUAUCUGUUUAUCUUAAUUUCACUCUUGUGAAGUCACCAUCCAUGGCUUAAAGAUUCAAAAUAAAUGCCCUCCUUUUUACUUUUAAAAGCUAAGGCCUUAAGAACUUUUUUUAUUUCAUGGUUUGUAGAUUCAAUGGCUAGGUGAGCAUUUAUUGCCCAUCUCUCAAUUCAAUAGCCUGGAGAUGGGUGGUGGUGAGCUGAAUUAAAGAAUGACUAACUAUGCUUUGCUUAACUUUCAUUUGUUCAGACAGCCAGCAAAGACACAAUGGUAUGACCGUAAAAAUUAUGUGUUUGUUGAGUUCUGCGUAGAAGAUAGCAAGAAUGUUGAUAUUAAAAUUGAAAAAUUCAAACUGAUCUUCAGUUGCAAAUCAGCAGAUAACACGGAACUCUACAAUAACAUUGAACUGUACAGCAAAGUGGAUCCAAAUGAUUCGAGACACAAACGUUCAGACAGGUCAGUAACACUCUUCAUGAGGAAAAUUGAUGGUAAAAAAGCUUGGCCAAGACUGACCAAAGACAAAACCAAGUAUGCCUGGUUAACAGUGGACUUUGAUAACUGGAGGGAUUGGCACGAUGAUGAUGAGCAGAUGGUUGACUUGGAACACUAUGCAAAUAUGCUGAAAGAACUGAAGAAUACUGGGCCACCUCCUGCAAUGGAUGAUCUAGAUGAUGAGCCUCUGGACAGUGUUUAAGUUUGAGUUGUCAUCAGAGAAGGACAACAGCAGCACAAAACUGGAAGAAUCUACAAAGGAUUCCAGACCCUAGAAGAGCAAACAGUGUGAAUACCAUCCAUUUUUGUAUUGAACUUUUGAACCUAUUGUGAAAGUGUUAUUUCCCUGCUGAAGGUUGGCAGAUUGUGUCCUUUCUUGUUAAAUUAUUGGAUGUUUUUGAAAUUUAAGAGAAAACUGUAAAACAUUCAGAUAGAUAAUUUUUUGAGAGCUGAACUUCUAAGUACUUGAUUUGUAAGAUUCAACUUGAGGAAUUAAAUUUAAUUAUAGCCAGA